GAGCGCCCGGCCCCCCCGCCCUCAUGCUGCGUGCGGAGAGGAAGAGCCCAGCCGGGCCCGGGGAAGAGAAGGAACCGCCAUCCAUACUAGUCACCAGAGAGGACAGUGCAGCCGAAGGAAACAGACCUGUGGCCUCCACGCCAGUGCCCGGCUCCCCCUGGUGUGUGGUCUGGACGGGCGACGACCGGGUUUUCUUCUUCAACCCGACGAUGCAGCUGUCCGUGUGGGAGAAGCCCCUGGACCUGAAGAACCGCGGGGACCUGAACAGGAUCAUCGAGGACCCGCCCCACAAGCGCAAGCUGGAGGCGCCCACACCCGACCACAGCGACGGGUCUCAGUCUGAGGACGGCAGGGGAGACCGGAACCUGAGGACCAAGAGGAACCGGACAGAAGGCCAUGGGAGUCCUGGGCCGGAGGAGGCAGAAGGACAGGACAAGGGUGCCGGGACGCCGCCGCCCCAGAUCCUCCUGCCGCUGGAGGAGCGGGUGACCCACUUCCGAGACAUGCUGCUGGAGCGAGGGGUGUCAGCGUUUUCUACCUGGGAGAAAGAGUUACAUAAAAUCGUGUUUGAUCCACGCUACCUCCUGCUAAACUCAGAGGAGCGGAAGCAGAUAUUUGAGCAGUUCGUCAAGACAAGGAUAAAAGAAGAAUACAAGGAGAAGAAAAGCAAACUGCUGCUCGCCAAAGAAGAAUUCAAAAAGCUUCUGGAGGAGUCUAAGGUGUCACCCAGAACCACAUUUAAGGAGUUUGCGGAGAAGUACGGCCGGGAUCAAAGGUUUCGACUUGUUCAAAAGAAGAAGGACCAGGAGCAUUUUUUCAACCAGUUCAUCCUUAUCCUUAAGAAACGGGACAAGGAAAACAGACUCAGGCUGCGGAGAAUGAGAUGAGUGUGUAAGCCGCACGAGGAGCCAGGAGCAGGGCGGGCGCAGGGCGGGGCGCGGGCUGCUCUCCGAGGGUUACUGUUUCAUAUUGAAGCUCUUUUGUACGACGUUCCGAGUUUGACGCAUUUCUAAUUGCCGUGGUAGGUCGCUCCCUUAAUUGUUUUAAUUAUGCAAAUUCCUUGUAAUAUAUACAAAUUAUAAAUCUGCUGCGGGUUGUAACUCAGCAGAAACAUCUAUAACCGUCUCCAGGCGUUUUCAUGAGUUGAGCCGAUUAUCUGAAACUUUUCUGAAAACCUUCGUGCGUCCUCGAUGCCGAGCUCCUUCCGCGAGUGUGCGAGGUCUCGGUCCCGUGUUCUGAGUAGUAGCCGUAGGACAUUCAUCACCAAUCAUAGUGACGACCGUGAGCAUCUCUGCACGUGGACCCCGGACCCCUGCAGGAGUCGACGGGCAUCGCCUCGUCCCUGAGGGGGUGCCGGGCCCGGAGAGGGCGGCUGCGCUGCCGGAGGUCCUACUUAAAAUGGAAUUAUUUUGUACAAAAUCAUCAUAUUAAUAUUUGAGUUAUUUUUAUUGUAAUGCCCAGAGUUUGCAUGAGAUUUUUCUCAUCAUCUUUGUAUAAAAAGAAUUUUAAAUUUUUUUUAAUUAAUAAAUAUUUUA